AUGCGCCUCACCAGGGCCCCGCGAUGGAGGGCGGCGAGCCGCAACUCCGACAAAGCCUCCGUUCUCACUCUGCUGGGCAUCUCGGAGCUUCUCAAACUUCGCGGCAAAUGGUCUCUCGCACUGCGCCUCGGCAACUUCGCUCUGCAGCAAUCCCGUGGAUUGGGUACCCUCACCGAAGGUCUCGCCCUGCUGAGCGUCGGCCAUGCCUACCGCAAUCAGACACCAGAGGACUGGAUCUCCGCCCAGCACCAUCUACGCAUGGCCAAGCUGCUCCUCGAGGGGCUACCACCAAGCGAAGAUCAAACCUUUUACCUCAUGCGCGCCGUUUUGCUUCUCGGUGACACCCUUGUGCGCCGCGAGGACAUGGGCGACAUUGUCGAGGCCGAAGAGCUGGCGCACUUGGCCGAGAGAUUGCUGCGCAAGAGCCGCGAACGACCCGGCAAGACCUUUCGAUGGACGCUAUUCACGGGCUCAUGGCGCGACUUCUGUCUUCACUCCAUGGUUGAGCUGGGGGAGAUCUACUAUUACACAAGUCGCUGGGCCGAGGGCGAAAAACUACUGCGCGAGCUGGUGCCCACACUGGUUAAGAGGAGGGGGAAGCGGCACGUUACCACCAUUGAGGCGCAACGAGAUCUUGCGAGCAUGCUGGUCAACCAGGACAAGUACGAAGAGGCCGAAAUGGCCUACCGUAUUGCCAGGGACUGGAACGAGGACGUCCCGGUAUUCGGGCACGAAGAAAAGGCUGCCAUCGACUAUAACAUCGCCAUGUGUCUUUCUGAGCGCGGCAAGGAUAACGAAGCGAGGGACGAGAUUGCCAAAAUGGACUUGGCUGCCGACCUACUGCACUACGCUAACGGUGAAUGGACGCUGAAACUGGCACGUUUGACGAGCUUGCGAUUGAAAAAGUACGACGAGGUCAUAGGCCUCUGUCAAAGGUUUCAACGGGUGCUGGAUGAACACAGAGCGAGGUUCGGCCUUUGCAGCCCAGUCACGUUGAGGAAUAUGGAAGAUCAUGUCACCGCGCUCAAGGCCCUGCGCAGGUGGGAUGAAGCCAUCGUCAUUCUGCGCGACAUGUGCCGCCGCGAAGCGAGCGACGUCGCACGCGUCGUCGAACAAACACUUGAAACCCGCCUUAACCUCGCGCACACUCUCCGCUAUGCCGGUCUUCACGAGGAAGCCGCAUACGAGUACCGGAAAUGUCUCGAAAUCGAACGCUCUGCAUCCGACGACUACAAAGACGAGGCCCAGAUUAGGAAUAUUCUGAAGUACCUGGCAUAUCUGUACGAACUUUCCGGGGAUAAGAUGAACGCCCUGAUCGCCUACGCCCAGUUACAGCGGGAGUACUGGGGCCGACCGAGCCAACACCGAAACUUCAUCAAGUAUGAGUGGUGCCGGGGGAAGAUGUUCAUGCUACAGGGACGAUGGGAGCACGCGCUCAAGAUGCUGCUCAGCGCGCUGGCGGUGAAGAGGGGCGUGGAGACGGCAGUGGCCAUAAUCACCGGUCUGCCUAUUGAGGCCGUCCAUGCGAUGCAGCCCGGGAGAAGGAUUCCGGAACCCACACAACCCGACGUUCUCGAAAUCGACGACGAAAUCGACGACGACGAACAGCAGAGUACCCUGGUGGAAAAAAUCGACAGCGCCGGACAAGUGAAGGUUAAGGAGGUCCCUCUCGACGAAGACGAAGCCGACCAAGCCUGGGACGAGGUCGACUGGUGGGAGGAAGUCAUCAAGGACGCCGUCGACGCCGUGAGGAGGGAGCAGCCGUUCCAGGCGUGCACGCCGCUCGACGAGGCGGACUCCGAGGUCGACGAGGACGAGGUCCAGGAGACGGUGGACGCCGUCCUGACGAUGAAAAGCGGGUAUCCCGCUGUGCCGGCCGGCGAGGAGUGGUCGCAGCCGCAGUGGGCGAGGCUCCCGGACACGUACGAAGAGCUGGUGGUGCAGCAGAGGAGGGUGACGGAGGAGAGCAUCAGGACGUGGGUUCCCUAG